AUGGACAAAAGACUGACGUACGAAAACACCAUGGGAAACCUAAAGGACGACGCUAAAAAGAUGGACCCUUUGUUCCCAAGGCUUCAUAUCAGUGAUGCAGAAAAAGGAGCUCAACGGACCUCUGCAAGAAACAAGAUGGCUAUUUCACAACAGCCCGUCUUACCUCUUUCGACCAGUGGUUUGGUUCCGACUUAUCACGAUGCAAGCUACAAACGAAGUGUGUUUUCAUCGUUUGGAAGUUCAUGUGGCUCCACAAGAUUAGCUACACGAUUUGAUUCUUAUCGCUCGAGUGGUAUCAAUUUGAAUAUCUCACUAACGACCGUUAAACAAACAAUAGAAACUACAAAUUGUCAAACGCUAUGCAAUACCGGACAACAAAAACAGUGUGAUUAUCGUUUGUUUAAGCCUCAAGAUCAAAAAACAACAAAAAGCGCUUCAAUCAAGAAGCUUGAAGAUGAGGAGGAUGAAGAUUAUCUACUUCCAAGUCUAUCAUUCGGGAAUGUGAAUAGAGGAAAGUUAGCAACCGCUAGCCCUAACUGCACAAUUAAACAGGAGAACAAGCUAGAUAAUGUGAUGAUUGAAAACAUUGCUAAAGAACAUGCGCCAUUUUAUUCUAAUAGAGCUCGGUUUUCAGAAUCAUUAAGCACAGAACUUUCGCCCUCGACUCCAAUGAAGAGAAGUAUUGUCGUAGAUGAACCAGAGAUGCUACACGAUUCCACAAUAAGGUUGCCACUGAAAAGAAAAAACUUUCAAGAACCCAUGAUGUGCUACGAAGAUGGUAUGUCCGUAUGCCCGUUUUCAGAAGAAAGGAAAACCGAUACAAAUAUUCAUGAAGUUCUUCCUCCAAUUGAUAACGGGUCGUUACAGAUAACCCCGGAUGAAAUUUCACAUAUUAUUGGUCAUGAAGAGUAUUGCAAAGCAAGAAGAACUAUCAUUCAGCAACAAAGAAUUUUCCAGUCGCAACUCUUCGAGUUGCAUAGAUUGAUCAAGAAACGACUUGCAGAAUCAGCUCAUUUUCUACUCGAAGAUCGCGGCUAUCAACCAAAGAACAUGCCAUCUGAAGGCAUUUUCCGUGUAGAUAAUACGAUCAGAACACAGUUUCAUACAACAAAUGAUACAGACAAAAGAUAUGAUCCAAGUUUAAUCGACCUCCCACAACCUUCCACCGUCAAUGGUGGUAAACAACCACCCUGGUGUCUUCUUCCUCCACCGGGAAACCAAUGGUUGGUGCCCAUGAGAUCACCUUCCGAGGGACUAGUGUAUAAACCCUACACAGGACCUUGUCCUCCACCUGUUGGUCUCAUGGCCCCGCUCUAUGGUAUGAGCCUACCACCUACAAGUACAGACUUUAGCAAUGGCGCCUACCCACAAGGAAUUGGUGUAUUUCCCAAUAAUCCACUUUAUACAUCUUAUGGAUUGCCUUCGAUAACAAAGGGUUUUUGUUCACCAUCAAUGGAAGACAACAUGAAAUAUAACAAACCUGUUACAACCUCAUGUAAUACACUAACUCUAGAGAAAUGGCCAACAAUAGGUGAGAUUCAUAAUCUGCAUGAGAGUAAAGAUAGUGAUAUGCAGGGAAGCAGUAAUGGAGGAGACGAACUUCCUCUUUUCCCUACUACACCAAUGGUUCAAGAUUCAGAUCGAUGUACAGAGGAAAAGGGGUUUGAUGAGAGGAUAAAAGUGAUCAAAGUUGUACCCCAUAAUCCUAAAUUAGCAUCUGAAUCGGUUGCUCGUAUAUUUCAGUUCAUACAAGAGGAAAGGAAACAAAAUGAAUAG